CUUCUCAGAUCUUCUGAGAUUUAAUCCAACAUUGUUCGCAAUGAAACACCCAACACUUCCACCAGUAGGGUGUUUCGUAUUCGCUUCAACGAGGUCAACUUCAUUGAUUGAAAACAUUUGUUUCAUUACACUUUUGCUACGAGCGCCAAUGAUUUAAAUGCCUGAUCGUUUUGAAAUCAACAUCGCAGAAUGUUAACGCUCGUUGCAGUCGCCUGCCUUGCGUGCCUCCUGGUUUGGGACUAUUUCCUAAAACGGCGGAGGAAUCGAGUCCUUAACGAAUCCGGCAUACGAGGUCCUACAUCGAUAGUACCCGUCAUUGGAGAUUCCUGGGUAGCAUUGGGAAACAACACUUCAAACGUUUUCAAUUUGUUUGCGACCCUGGGUCAAAAAUAUGGCAAAGUCUUUCGCGUGUGGUUAUUCAAUGAACUGAUGCUGGUAACUAAAGAUGUCAAAUUUUUUGAGACUAUUUUGAGUAGCCAAGGAUUCAUUUCGAAAGCCUUUAUUUACGACAUGCUUUCGCCGUGGCUAGGCGACGGCCUGUUACUUAGUUCGGGCUCAAAAUGGCACAGUCGACGCAAAAUGUUGACCCCCACAUACCAUUUUAAAAUACUGGAGCAAUUCGUAGAGGUGUUCGAUCAACAGAGUCGGGUUUUGGUUAAACGGCUAUACAACGUGGCCGAUGGCAAGACGGCACUUGAUAUGUUUCCAGUCAUCUGUCUUACGGCCCUCGACAUUAUAACCGAAACAGCUAAGGGUGUCAAGGUCAAUGCUCAAGAUCAUCCCGAAUUCCCCUAUGCCAAGUCGGUAAAAGAUGCAACAAAUGUGAUUGCCACAAGGGCCAUGAAACCGGUUCAAUACUUCCAACUCGGAUUUCUACUGACAGCCUUUCCCUCGUAUCUGAAACUUAGGAAGAGCAUACAAGUCAUGCAUGAAUUUACGGACAAAGUAAUUGCUGAUAGAAAACGCAAACUGGAGUCAGGUUUCAAUAGUAAAGCGGGGCCAUUACCGUCCGCGGACAUCGUGGAUGAUAUUGGACAGAAAAAACGCAUGACGUUUCUGGAUGUCCUCCUGCAAUCGAACAUCAAUGGACGUCCCUUGACGCACGAGGAAAUACGUGAAGAGGUCGACACAUUUAUGUUCGAGGGCCAUGACACCACGACCAGUGGCAUAUCACACUGUUUAUACCUAUUAUCACGUCAUCCGCACAUACAGCAGAAAGUCCUACAGGAAAUCUCCGAUGUUAUGGGAGAGAAUGUAGAGAAGAGAAUAACUAUGAGAGAAUUGCAAGAUUUGAAGUACUUAGAGGCUGUUAUCAAGGAGACUUUACGUUUAUAUCCUUCAGUGCCAAUAAUCGCACGCUAUACCGACAAGGACGUGGAAGUGGAUGGACAAAUUAUACCGGCCAAGAGCACGGUCACUCUAUUGGUAUAUGCCCUCGCCAGAGAUCCCGACAUAUUUCCAAAUCCCGAUGAAUUCAUUCCAGAUCGCUUCUUCAGUUACCAGGCUGAGAAAUACAAUCCAUUUGCAUAUACGCCAUUUUCGGCCGGACCCCGCAAUUGCAUUGGCCAAAAGUUUGCAAUUCUGGAAAUGAAGACAACAAUAUCGAUGAUACUGCGACAAUUUGAGCUCUUGCCCCUUGGGGCGGAAGUGGUGCCUCAGAUGAAUAUGAUUCUACGCUCGGCUACUGGCAUUAACUUGGGCCUUAGGCCACGCAUCAAAUAAUAGUCAUGCAAUAAUAAAAAUAUAUCAUAAGAUAGUAAUAUCUUGGAAGUUUAGUUUUUCAUUAAUUAUUUUUUAUUAUAUUUUAGAGGUCAUCGGUCAGAAAUUUACUGUACAAAAUACUUUGUACAUACUUUUGAGUGCGGCUGAGGCGCUGGGAAAAUCUAACCAUUAAAAAUAAAUAUUUAAAAAUUGUCAAUUUCCCAGUGGUCAUAAAAUAUCACAUGUGUACAAUUCAGUGAUCUUGUGCGCUGUCGCAUACGAUAAUGUGUAGGAUAAUAAAGGUCAUAACCCACACACACAGAUAUUGAUGCGCCAGUAGGUAGCCAAGAUCACUUGAAUGAAGGGACACGCAGCCAUGUAAUGUUUCCUUUUAAAUCUAAUAAUAGAUAAGAACAAUUGUGUGGCUGCGACUAGGUUAAGUUAGAUUAGUUUCAGUAGUACGUAAGGAACAUAUUUUAAAAAUAAAAUUAGAAUUGAACCAACAGCCACACGAUACGGUUGUGUUUUCUCUUCUCCCGCUAACAUAUGGUCAAUCGAGCCUUCACUUUUUUAUAAAGUGGAAAUAACUAGCGGCCGUAAAAAAAUUGUAGGAGUUUUCCCCCACCAGUGGUAAGAGACUCACUACAAGCAGAAAUAGAUAUUCUCCAGAAAUAGAGGAGAAUUUCUACAAAAAACAAAGUCCGUUAAGGCAUUUUAAAUAUAAGACCAUAGGGGCAUUUUGAAAUAGCCGAAGGGACUAAUUUGAAAAAAAAAAAGCCAUAGGGGCAAAAAUAAAGCGAAAAGAGGACAACAAAAGUCCCAAAAAAAAAAAAUAUAUAUAUACAUAAAAAUAAAUUUUGAAAAGAGGACAUCAAUUAGUCCAAGUUAAAACUCAAAAAGAAUUCCGAAAAAAAAAAAAAAAAAAAUGGAUCAAGAAGCAAAAUUUUUGGUCUUGGCUGACUAUUUCUGCACAACAUUGGCAUCGGCGACUCAAUUUAAAAAAAUUCGUAACGUGAACAAGUAUAAGAUUCUUGUUGAAAACACGUAUUACGUUUUACAACAAACGUUGAAAAGUUUUAAAAAGUACAUUCCUCAGAGAAUCCAGGAAAGUUCAGUAGCAGUGGAUAAAUGCCUUGUGUUAGCGCAUAAAUUAAUGGCGACGAGAACACGAGGUUGCAAGUUGAAUGGAGAUACUGCACAAGCGGAAAUUGAAGAAUGCUUAAAACCACCAGGACCCUGGAGAAUUGAACUGGAGUACUAUUUCCUUAAUCCGGAGGAAGUAGCAAUGGAAGCUGAGGAGUGUGCAAAUAUUGUAUUUCCCACCUUUGGGCUGACAACAGAGCAGAGGCCCUCGAAGACCACAAGUUGUGGAAAAGAUGCAAAGGGUGAUAUUACAUGCCCUUUGGAUGAUAAAAGAGAAGCGGAAUAUUGUAUUGGUGAUCGAGACACUCUUGAAAUGGCUAGAAGAUAUUGGCUAUUUUAUCCACAUGAUUGCGAAUGUGACUGGUGUGUUUUUGUUGCAGCUCGAAACUUUGAGGAUAUGAAUAUAUUCCCGCCGGCAAGUCCUAACUCGGAGGAAAAAGUUAGAGCUCUUACCCAAAAUAAUGAAGAGGGAAGACUCAAUACUGCAUCACAAUUAGCCGAAUCAGCUUCCCGAAUCAAAAUAUUAGAAGAUGGCCUGAAAACCGCUAAUGAUGAAAAACUGGGGCUUGAAGAUUUGGUGCAGUCCUUGCUAACUAAAUUUGAAAGAGACAUACAGGCCAUUGAAGAAAAAGCUCAAAAGCAACGGCGUGACCUGGAAAACCAAGUCCAAGAUCUGGAAGCUAAGCUGGAACAUCAAAAGAAAAAAUUGGAAGCCAUCGUAGAAAAACUCGACACAUCAGAGGAAGUCAGCAGUGACAAAAUGGACAAGCAUGUACAAAAAGUGUCCUUGGACAAUAUGAAUUUGAGAAGCCACAGGGAACAGAACCACCAACAAGAGAAGAGCAAAAAAAGAAAUCCGGUGUAUAUUGGUACUUCUCUAAAAGACACGUUUGGCAAAGAUAACGAUAAAUGCAUCGAGGAAGCGGAGAAAAAAGAGCGCGACAAGGUAAAGAGGAAUAGAAUUAAUAACAAACACCGGGAAUCCUCAUUGAAGCAACCGCGUAUAAAAUACAUCAGCAAUGACCUAACCUUGGAUGCCCUACGAAAAAAUGACUCCUUGGAUGAUCGCAGCCAGCAACUACCAAAUCACAAGUCGCCAAAGAAUUAUAAAGCUUGGAAGUUAAAACCGGCAGAUAAGGGUGGUGGUAUUGGCGAGCGAGGCUGGAUAGAUAAGUGGAGCCGUUUCCUGCAAGCGGUUACCUAGGAUAAUUUAUAUAAUAUAAUCAUUUUCAAAGCUAUAUGUCUAAAUAUUUUUUAUAUAAUCCUCUUCAUGAUCCAUUUUUAAAUACAGUCCACUAAAAAUAUACACAUUUAAGCCGCCCGGGAGAAUGUACAAAAUACUUUGUACAUACUUUUGAGUGCGGCUGAGGCGCUGGGAAAAUCUAACCAUUAAAAAUAAAUAUUUAAAAAUUGUCAAUUUCCCAGUGGUCAUAAAAUAUCACAUGUGUACAAUUCAGUGAUCUUGUGCGCUGUCGCAUACGAUAAUGUGUAGGAUAAUAAAGGUCAUAACCCACACACACAGAUAUUGAUGCGCCAGUAGGUAGCCAAGAUCACUUGAAUGAAGGGACACGCAGCCAUGUAAUGUUUCCUUUUAAAUCUAAUAAUAGAUAAGAACAAUUGUGUGGCUGCGACUAGGUUAAGUUAGAUUAGUUUCAGUAGUACGUAAGGAACAUAUUUUAAAAAUAAAAUUAGAAUUGAAUCAACA